AUGGCUGGUGCGCAGUUUGACCGCGAGGAGGUGAUUGAACUCGUCUCCUCCGACGCUGAACCCUCAUCCCCCACGAAAAAGAGACCUCUUGAGGAUUCCCCCGAUCCCACAUCCCCCAACGACGCCUCGUCUUCCCUUCGCAACUCUAAGCGCGCAAGGACGGACCCGCCUUCAACAGCAGACCCUGAGCCUCUUGGCCAGGAGCCUUUGGGCGAGGAAUCUCUAAGCGCAGAGGAAGGGGAGAUUGAAGAGGACGAGCCUCAGGAAACAGCCGUUGGCGAUCCCGCUGUGCCCACAAAUGCUCUCGUCUUUCAACACAACUCGCUCACCUUCCAGCUACCCAGUCUCUCUUCGAAGGAGGGCUCCUGGCUAGUCCGCUUCAAGGAUUGGGUUCGCGGAUUUCAUGGUACUAAUUCAAAACUUGCCCAUGCCAUUACUCCUGCCCUUGUCCAGUCUGCUUAUGUUCACUACAUUGACAACUUCUCGGCUUUGAAACCCAAGAAGCGACGAAGUGCCAAACAAACGGCUAAGGAGGUUGAAAGUACUGGUGUUCUGGCGGCUCUUCUCAAUACCCUCCAGCCCAACGACGCAUCGCGUUACUUAACUGCGCCCGUCGUCGAGACUACCAACGGGUCUCAGCAUACCCAACCGUCGAAACAGCCUGUCAAGGAGGCUGCUCGCAAGCGAAAGAGCUCACGCGCUUCUAGUACCAGCAUGGAUGGAGCUGUUGAUCGUGCAGAAGACAUAGCCUCUGAUAGCGAGGUGGAGUACGAACCAACGCUGAGCAAGCCGGAGCGAACUGGCACAGCGGUCCCCAACGUCAGUGAUUCAGUGUCAGCUCAACCUGACGCGGCGCACGCGAACGGCAACUCCAAAGCUUCGCUACUCAAGGGACAACAACCUGCCGCAGCAUCUGCAACGUCGCAGGACGAGCCCAUCAUGACCAAGAGAAAUGUUCCUACGGGCUCUGUUGCGUUGGAGCAGCAGCGCAAAUACUUCCCCUCGGCUAGCGACCCUACCCUGAUGUGUCUGCUUUGCGGACGUGGAACGCACUUGGCAGCCAAUUGUCCCACGCUGAUCUGCUCAUUUUGCGGUAGCCUCGAACACCCAAACCUUUGCUGCCCAAGUCUCGAGAGGUGUAACAAGUGCCGUCAGCUUGGUCACCGGGCAGCUCAAUGUACGGAGAAGCUUGCCCUGACCAAGGAUGAAGGAUUGGCUUGUGGCAUCUGCAGCAAUUCAGACCACCUCGAAAAGGAAUGCACGCAGGUGUGGCGGUCGUUUCAUCCGGAGGCUGGGACUAUCAACAAGGUCGCGUUUAUCCCUGCGUCUUGCUCCAUGUGUGGGAGCAACACUCACUUCUCUGCCGACUGCAAGCGCCGCCGGGGUGGCGAUGUGCCCAACCCUACAUGGUCAGUGAAGAACCGCGAUCAAUACGUGGAUCCGGAUUGUGGUUCGUCGAGUAUCGAGGAGACGGGUGGGGGUCAAGAGAACGCCAGAACGACGCGAGCCCCUGAGCUCAAGAUCCGCGGGCACGCGGCGCGGACGACCAACAUCCACUACUCGAGCGACGAUUCGGAUGUGGAGUUUUUGGGCCACAGAGUUGUCAAGCAACGCGCACCUCUCGGACAGAUUCGAAUGGCUAGCAACAUCCAGAUGCCGCAGAAUGCGACGUCUCGGAAUGACAGGCCAUCUCGAGGGAACAAUGGCCGAGGACAGAACCAACUGCCACCGCUGCCUCCCCUCCCUCCUGGACCUCCCCCCGGACCGCCUCAGCACCAAGCAUCGUUUGGAUCAAGGUACCCUCCUCCCCCUGGUGUAGCGGCAUACGGGCCACAGCCUCCAGCGGCACCCCCAUCUCUGCCCGCGAAGCCGCCUGCAUCUACGAAUACGCGAGACUACCGGAACGUACCUCCUCCACCAUCACACCUGCAAGGUCCUCGUGGACAGUCUUAUAGCGGGAACACACCGCAAGGACCCAGAGGUAGGGGGGGACAACGUGGUGGUCGUGGCGGGAGAGGAGGCGGAGGAGGAGGAGGUCGCGGCCGUGGCAGAGGUAGAGGAAAAUAA